CUCGGCUCGCCCAGCAGGGCAUUCCAGCACAUGUGCUCGCGCAGUGCGGUGGUGUAUAGUGCGACGGGCGUGCGGGGCCGCGACGAGCAGCGUGGAGGACGGGCGAACUGCUCGACUGGAACCGGCGCACUCAAGUGAUCGGAACGGGGCGGGACAGGAACGGCGCGCCAGUAGUGAUCGGACGGACGUUCCGCGACGCGACGUGACCGCGGCCGCGCACACUGCAGCUGCACCGUGUGUCACGCCGGCGCAUUCAUACCUCGCCGCUCCCCGUGCAGGUGCGCAGCGGCCCUCCCCGCGGCCCGGCGGCGCGGCCAGGCCAGGCCGUUGCCUCGGGAGGGCGGCUCAUUUCCAUGUCAUCUUUGCACCUCGGGACGGCCGCGGCCGCCGCGGUGCCCGCCUCCUGAGACACAACGCAGUGCGCCGCGGUGGUGGACAGAGGACUCGCCGGGCGGAUGGCAGCGCGCGCGGCGAGGCUGAGCCCCGGGGAAGGACAAGCCCCUCCGGCCGCCGGCUGCGGCCCGCCGACGCGCCAGCUGCUGCAUGGCUCUGCCCAGGAUCGCGCCGACGCCGCCGCCGCCGGUCGCGACCUCUACCCAGGGCUCUGCCGCGGCGGCUGCGGCCCUCGGUGCGGGGGCACCCCUGGCCCUCGUCCCUACCUGGCUGCUGUCGUGCUACUUCCUCAUCGUGGUCGUCGGCGGGGUCGUCGCCAACGUGCUGCUCCUGGCCACGACCGUGGGCUGGCGCUGCCGGGCGCGCGGUGCGCAGGACGGCGCCGCAGAUGACCCUGGUGGCGCCAGGGACAGGGACCGCGGCUGGUGGCUGCUGCUGAGCCAGCUCGCCGCCACGGACGCGCUCACCCUGUUCCUGGUGUCCGGCGGCGAGCUGUGGUCCGUGCGCGAGACGGGGGGCCCUUGGCGGCUGCCCGGCACCCUGUGCGCGCCCUUCGUCGGCCUGGAGGCCAUGCUGGGCGCCGCCCAGACCUACCUGCUCGUGGCGCUCGCGCUGCACGCCAGGGCCGUGCCCGCGGACCCGGUGCCAAGCCUGUCCGUUUGGCGGCACGUGUCCCGCUCCGCCGUGGUGCCGAGCGCGCUCGUGUGGAUGCUGGCCUCCUCCGUGGCCGUGCCGCGCAUCUUCCUGGCCGUGUCCGUGUGGCCAAGACCGUCGCUGCCGCUGUGCACUCUGCUGCCCACGUCACCCGCCACGGGCGCGCUCGAGGGCCCGCUCGACGUGGUGGAGGUGGAGGGCCCCGGCGUGUCCGGGUCGUGGUGGCCGCUGGCCGGGGCGUUGGCCGCGGACCGCCAGGGUGGGGGGCCGCUCCUCUCGGCCGUCGUGCUGUGCGCCGUGCCCGCGAUCGUCCUGCUGACCACGACCUUGGCCACGGCCUUGUCCGCGUUGCGGGCCCGCCGGGGCGCUCGCUAUCCCGGACACUCCGACGCUGACGACGGCGACGACGAGGGUCUGCGAAGUCUCUCGCUCGGGCCGAGACCAGCCUGUCCACCGCACAAACUAGCCAGGAGGGAGUGGAUCCGCGUGUCGUCCUGGCUGUCCUCCUCCUGGCUGCUGCUGUCGCUGCCCCGGCUGGCGAGUGCCGCCGUGCACGGCUUCCUGUCCCCUGGAGCCACCCCGGACGGCCCGUGGGCCUUCCGCGCCCCGCCGCUGGGCAGCCGCGCCCUGGACGACGUCUCGCUGCUCGCCGUCGCCAUGCUGCACUACGCCCUGACCGCGGCCAGGCCCGUCGUCGCCGUCCUGGCCAGCCCCGCGCUUCGGCGUGCCGCCCUGGCGCUCGUGCAGGCCGGCCCCGCCGAGGAGCCCGGACCCGCACAGCAGCGGCGGGAGGAAGGGCAAGACGGUGACAACUCGCUCUGCUAAUGGGAUAUAGAAACAGGAUUUAACAUUUUU